GUUAGAUGUUUGUUUGUUGUGGAAAAAAGAAGAAGGAUCGGAAACAUGCUUCAUUAGGGAAUCUUCAUUAGUUAAAUUUAAUUUGUUAAGAUGGACUAUACUUCGACAAGAAUCUCAAAAUAAUUACAGAAUUCAAUAAAACAAAUGUAUUCAAAUUGAAUUUAAUUGCAUCUAGUUUUGUGAUACUCUAUAAGGAAACUGCAAAUAUUAUUGUCCAAUCUGUUUUAAAUAUUACGACUGUAAAAUGCAAUCACAAUUUUAUAGGUAUGCUCAAUACAACCUGCUGUUCAAAUUAUGUCUGUCAUGUUUGUGCAGUAUAAUCUCUCGCCAAUAAGAUGUACAAUUGUCAUUAUUGUCGAAAUGAUCACUGCAAAUAUGUAGAUGUAGAUCCUGCACAUUAGUUAAAAAUAUACAUAGAUUCACAUACUAAAUUAUGA